UGUCCAAACCGGUAGGUUGGCAAUAGUGACUGUUUCCUGCGAGUCUUGCGACCAUCUUAUUUUCCGCGUUCCGUUCCAAAGCAAUCGGCUUGUGUGGUUUGUUUUUGUCUUUAGAAAGUGAGUUUAACGGGGUUUUCAGCGCUUCUCAGUCCUAAAAAUCAUGUCGAGUGGACGCAACGAUUGCCGCAUCUAUGUAGGAAACUUACCACCCGAUAUUCGCACCAAAGACAUCCAGGACUUGUUUUACAAAUUUGGAAAAGUCACAUUUGUCGACUUAAAAAACCGACGCGGGCCCCCAUUUGCAUUUGUCGAAUUUGAGGAUCCCAGGGACGCUGACGACGCUGUACAUGCAAGAGAUGGUUAUGACUAUGAUGGGUACCGUUUGAGGGUUGAAUUUCCUAGGGGUGGAGGUAGUGGUGGCAGCGGUGGCAUCAGCAGUGGCGGUCGAGGCGGCGGAAGCUUUAGGGGCGGCGGUCGCGGACGAGCCAACCGGGGGCCUCCUGCCAGAAGAAGCCAAUACAGAGUGUUGGUGACGGGCUUGCCCCCCAGUGGAUCAUGGCAGGAUCUGAAGGAUCACAUGAGAGAAGCUGGAGAUGUAUGUUUUGCCGAUGCAUUUAAAGACGGGUCUGGUGUAGUGGAGUUUCUCCGUUACGAAGACAUGAAGUACGCCAUAAAGAAAUUAGACGAUUCCCGAUUUAGGUCUCAUGAGGGAGAAGUGGCGUAUAUAAGAGUAAGAGAGGACAGAGGGGGAAGCGACAGCCGUCGAUCGGGAGGACGGUCCAGAUCGCGCUCCUUUUCCCCACGAAGACGGGGCUCCCCAACCUACAGCCCUGUGAAGAGAAGUUACUCUAGGAGUCGCUCUCGUUCGUAGAACUCACAGGUUUACCUUUGCGAAGGAAGUUUUUCCUCUAAUAAACUGUAAAAUCGCUUUCAUUUUCGUGAUUUGUAUUGUAGAGUUAAUUUUAACAAAUUCAUUUCAUAAUCUGUAAAGGUAGUUAAAACUUAGUGUACUUUGGUUAAUUUAGGAUUUUUACAAAUUUCAUGCCGGAAUCUAAAUGUGGUUUAACUCAAAUGUAUCUCUUAUUUUUUUUUUAGUGAAACUUUCCAUAUUAAUUCACGCAGCGAUGCUUGCAUUCGUUAAGCUACAUUAAUAUUUCGUUAAUUAUUGUGGCGUAUAGAGGAUAAGUCACUAAUUUUUAUAUUUUGUUUUUAAUGUUGGGACAAAACAACGUUGGAAAAAAGGAAAAUACUGGAACUAAACGUAAAAAUCGCAAAACGGAUUUUGAAAGAUCUAAAUGGAGGGACAGGACAUAAUAAUGGAUAGUUUUUAAAGGGAAGCGUGCAGAAUUGGAAUUGGCUCCUUGAGGAUUUCACACCUGAAGGAAUAACGAUUUCUUGGGGGGGAUUAUCAAAUAUCAAAUCAAAAUCCCAGUAACCGCUGGGAUUAACCAUCUAGUUUAACCCGGGAAAUUAGUCACGAAUUAGCAUCAAUGAUUGGUGGGGUUCGAGAUUUUAAAUACAAUUUUAAUUUCAAAUUGAAUUCUACAACAACUACAUACGUGGUUUUUUUGUUUGUUUUUACGAAGAAUUUCGAUUUCCUUCUGGAAAUUCUCUUGUGGUUAACUUUCUAAGGUGUGCCGAAGGAUUUCUGUCAGGCCCAAUCGUUGAUGUUAAUUACGGCUGGGUUGAACGAGGCAAAACAUUCACUUCAAAGCAACUAACUGGUUCUAAUGGCGAAUCUUGUAUGUUGUUAUUUUUCCUGUGUGUUUUCAACACUAGGCAAUGAAUCAAUUGGUUAAACUAGUAACAUACGGGAUUCUCCUAAUAGAGCCCUGAGGCUAAAUCGGGUUUCAUUUCUUAAAAUUUGCACAUCAAAGGAUUGGAGUGAAAAAAAUAGGAAAGGAAAGGAUCCAACAAGUGUUCUGGACUUCUAAGGGUAAAUACACAAUAGCAUAAACCAAGAAAACUAAUUUUCCCUAAGUGGUCUUUAAUAUCACGUUACUUCAAGUCUUAAAAUUCGUUUUUGUUUAACACUGGUUUUGAUUCAGAUUUUAUUAGCUAUCAAAUCUAGAUUUUAAGACGGAAGUGCGUCAUUCAUUAAAGACCUGUAACUUAACACACAUAAUGCUGAAGUGGAAUAUUUUUAUCCCAGGUCUGAAAUCUGGAAAACGAUUCCUGGGAUUUUAUGGAUUCUCAUAUUAAACAUAAGGAUUUAUAAAAGGAUUGCGGAUUCUCUCAAAGGAUUAAAUUUUAAAAAAGUUGGAAUUCUAUGCGAGGAUUUGUUCUGAUCUCUCCUCCGUUUAGGACUUGCGGCAAUAUUGGAAAUGUCCCCCUUAUUUAGUCUUCUAGGAUUCGCUUUAUGGAUAGUAAGUAGUAAAGGAUUUCAUUCAUACAGAUAGGAUUUCUCGAGGAGACAUGCAACCAACAGGUAUUUUCCUUUUUCUGUGCUUAACUCCGGUAUAUUAACCCGUUUUAUAUGUUCAGCGUGGUACAUUUGUGUUUUUUGCAUGACUUUCCCUUUUUGCUUCAAUAAAAUAUUUCUAGUUUUG